UUCUCUCUCUCUCCAAAUCAUUUCCUCAAAUAACAACCGUUUCCAUCACUUUCUCUCUCCUUUUUCUUUCCACUUUGUCGUCUUCUCUCACCUCAUAAACCCAGAAUUAAAACCCCCACCCACGCUACCAAUCUCAAAUUUCUCUUUAGCAGAUAAUAUUUUGAUUAAAAAAUCAACAAAUAAAAUAAAAUGGAGCGGUAUGAAAUUGUGAAAGAUAUUGGGUCUGGUAAUUUCGGUGUUGCAAAGCUUGUUAAAGAUAAGCGGACGAAUGAAUUUCUUGCUGUUAAGUUCAUUGAACGAGGUCAUAAGAUUGAUGAGCAUGUGCAGAGGGAGAUAAUGAAUCACAGCUCUUUAAAGCAUCCCAAUAUUAUUAGAUUCAAGGAGGUUCUGCUGACUCCUACUCAUCUUGCAAUAGUUAUGGAAUACGCUUCAGGCGGAGAACUCUUUGAUCGAAUAUGUAAUGCUGGUAAAUUCAUGGAGGAUGAGGCAAGGUUUUUCUUUCAGCAACUAAUAUCAGGAGUCAGUUACUGCCAUUCGAUGGGAGUAUGUCACAGAGAUCUUAAGCUAGAAAACACACUCUUGGAUGGAAGUGCUGCACCGCGCGUCAAGAUAUGCGAUUUUGGUUACUCCAAGUCUUCAGUGUUGCAUUCCCAACCGAAAUCUGCAGUUGGAACGCCAGCUUAUAUAGCACCAGAAGUGCUAUCCAAGAGAGAGUAUGAUGGGAAGAUUGCAGAUGUGUGGUCUUGUGGUGUCACCUUAUAUGUCAUGCUGGUGGGUGCAUAUCCCUUUGAAGAUCCAACUGACCCAAAGAACUUCAAGAAAGCCCUCGUUCGGAUACUUAGUGCAGUGUACUCAAUCCCGGAUAAUAUUCCGAUAUCCCCAGAAUGCAGACACCUUCUAUCCCGGAUAUUUGUGGCCAACCCUGAGAAGAGAAUAACAAUUCCAGAAAUAAAAAACCACCCUUGGUUUUUAAAGAACUUACCGGUGGAAUUCGUGGAAGGUGGAAGUUGGCAAAGCUAUGAUGUUAAUCAACCGUCCCAAAGCAUUGACGAGAUAUUGUCUGUAAUUCAAGAUGCGCGACAACCUCUUCAUCCGCCAAAUACAGGCGGACUUGGUGGACUUCUUGGUAGUGGUAGCAUGGAUUUUGAUGAUGUGGAUGCUGAUGUAGAUCUUGAUUAUAUGGAAAGUAGCGGCGAAUUUGUAUAAUUAUUACUAAUUCAUAGUGUUACAGAAAAAUGUAUCAUAUGUAAAUUACAAACUUUUGUCACCCUCAUGACCAAUGUAGCAAACAAGCAUAGAGUGUGAUGCAGAGAAAAUGACCAAAUGAGAUGAGACAAUGUAUUUGUCUCGUGUAUUAUGUGUAAUUUUCAUAUAAUGGAACCCAGUUUCAGUUUAUUAUUUUCA